AUGGCAUUAUCCACCCUGGCUCAGCUCGCAGAGCAAUCCAAGCAACUCACCAGCCACAUCGGCGGUCUGCAAGUGCCCCAGAUUAAGCGCGGCAUCGAUCAGAUCGAGAGUCAAUCGCGCAAGCUCGCCGCUAAGGCGUCCAAGCCUACUGAUGGCACUGACAACAAGGGACAGUUUUUCCUUGCCAAGGGAGGCAUCGACGCCAAUGUGAUGAACACAACCCUCAACUCUAUCAACUUGAAGUCAACAUUUGAGCCUUUCCAGCCUAUUCACGAUACCGACACCGAGUCAUUUUUGAGGCACCAGCAUGAACAGAUCAUUAUCAACACCAUUGAUGAGAGCAGACGCGAGACCGUCAUGGAUUUCGACUCCAACUUUGAGACGUCGCUGAACUACGACUGGGAGCGCACCAAGAAGAGGAUCUUUGAGGAGCUCGGACAGCAUCAGGGACAGGGAGGUCGAUCGGAAGCCGAUUUGGGACAGUCGACUCGCUCCUUCCGUGGGAACGCUAGCUUGGCCCAGUCUCAAAGCGGCGCGUACACUCCAGGAUUCGCCCAGAACACGGCUUCCUUGGAUGUGAUUUUCAGCAAGCUAAAGCCUUACUACAAGGUCGUUCAUGAUCUCUGCGAGGCACGCCUGCAAGGACCAGCCUUCCCCUUGGCUAACAGCUUCGUCGAAGCCUCCAAGUUGGCUCACAAGGACCAGCCCAACUCAAAGAUUCAGGAGACAUGGGACCUGUUGACUUCAGUGUUGGGCGAGCUGGAGUUGAGAAACGGACGGUUCCAGAGCAUGGCAUUGAAGGAGCGAGUUUACGCCAACGCCUAUUUGAUGUCGCCUUACAGGAGUCCGGCUGCCGCGCUUUUGCGGGAUCGUCUUAUCAAGGGAUCCAAGAACUUCUUGGAGAAGCAGUUCAUGGCUCACAUUAAUGCAUCCGUGAAGGAGAACCCAGCAGAAGCUAACCUCGGAGGCAUCCCAUCACUUCUCAACACCAUUCGCGCCUUUGUCCAGCUCAAAUAUCUUCGAUAUGGAUCAUGGUCCCAGCCCAACCUCGAGAUUGUGAAUGGACAGGCAGUCUGGGCUCAGAUCUACUAUCUCUUUAGGACCGGUCAUGUCCAGGAUGCUCUCCAGUUUGCAAGAGACAACGAGUUGAACUUGAACCCUGCAGACCGCAACUUUGUCAUGUACCUCAACGCCUACUGGCAGAGUGAAGACCGCACAUUGCCCUCAACAUUGCAGGACCGGCUCCGGACCGACUUUAACAACAGGAUUCGUUAUAGCUCCGACACUGUUGACCCAUACAAGCUGACGCUCUUCAAGAUCAUUGGCCAGUGUGAACUGACCAAGAGGACGACACCUGUCAUUGGAGCCGUUGAGGACUUUAUUUGGCUCCAUCUGUCGUUGAUCCGUGAACCAAGGGACAAUGCCACGGCGGCUCACGAGAAAUACGAGCUUGCAGACUUUCAGGCUCUUGUUCUCAAGUACGGACCCGCCCACUUCAACCCCAACGGCAACAACCCUCUUCAAUACUUCCAAGUCCUCGUCCACUCUCAGCAGUUUGAGCGAGCUAUCUAUUAUCUCUAUUCUUUCAAGGCGUACGCACUCGAGACGGUCCAUAUGGCGAUCGCGCUGACAUACUAUGGAUUGUUGCGCAUUCCAUCGGUACAUCGCGUAUCGGACCCCAACCCCUUCUCGACGACAAAGGACGCUCAAGGACACGAAGUGUCACACUUUAACUUUACCCACUUGAUUCACUAUCAGGCCCGCAUUAUUGCUGAGCGUUACCCGACCGAGGCACUCUCAUAUCUGUACCAGAUCUGCUUGAACACGGAUCUGACGCCGGCGAUCAACCAGGAGCAGAUUGGACUCUGUCACAGCUACAUUCAGGAGUUGGUUCUCCAGGCCAAGGACUACUCAACUCUUCUCGGCUCUACGGCACACGGCAUCAAGUCUCCUGGUGUGAUUGAAAAGUACCUCCCAUUGAUCAAGAUUGCCAACAGCGGCCAGUUUGUCAAGGAUAUUACGGUUGCUGCCGCGAAGAGCAAGGCCAAGGAAGGACGCGUCGAGGAUGCGAUUCAGUUGUAUAGCAUUGCCGAGUCGUAUAACCAGGUGGUGGAGCUUCUGAACCGUCAGUUGGCCGAGUUUGUGUCAAACCCCGGUCUUGCUAGCACAGGAGAGACAAGUAUCAACAUUCCAGCUAUCCGCCGGUUGAUUAACGAGUACGAGAGUAAUCCCAAGGUCAGCCAGCAGAUUAUGCCCAAGAACUUGACGACAUGCGGCAUUUUGCUCAAGUUAGUCGAGUUUACAGAGCGCUAUGAUCGUGCCAAGUACGAGGCAGCGAUUGCGACGAUUGAGGAGCUGGGCCUGAUUCCUUUGGAAGCUGAUAUGGGACAGAUUGCCGAGAAGGCGGGUGAGUUCCAGGCCUUGGAUGAGUGCGUGGCAAGGAACCUUCCCGAUGUCCUCCUCAAGACCAUGGACAGUCUUUUCAGGCAGUACCAGAUCCUCAAAAAUUCUCCCUACGACGAUGCCGGCCGCCGGGACUCGAUCACUAUGUUGAAGAGGAGGGCAAGGACGCUGAUGAUGUUUGCUGGGUCGAUCAAGUUCAGGAUGCCUGCCGAUACAUACGCCCAGUUGAACCGCCUUGAUGUAAUGAUUGUCGCCUAG